AUGCAAGAAGCAAGACCCUUCUUUCUCCUCGAUUGGCUGGACGAUUUGAUGGUCAAUCAAGACGCUUUUCAGAUUGCUGAAUUGCUCAAGACGCCGUCCAAGCUGCCACAGCGUCAGCAUCUUCAGAGCCAUCAUCAGCUUGGUUCGUACAGCAGUCAUCAUCAGAUGAUUUCCAUGAUGGAAACGGAUGACUUUAACUCUUCAGAAAGAGACCAGCAACAAAUAAUGCUGCGAUCAAUCUCCAGUCCUGCAGUCUCUUCUCACCUCUCAUCCUCUGCGGAAGCUGCAGCGGUUGCCAUUCCUGGAACUCCAACAGCAAACACUUUCAGAAAGUCAUGCAUUGAUAACACUCACAUGAAUGGUGACUCUCAUGGAAUUCUUCCCACGAGACUCUUUCAUCAACACAAUACGGCUGCUGCUACUGCAAUGGGCCAGAAACUAGAGACGACGAUUCAAUUGUCUCAAUUGACUUCUAGCAAAAGCAGCAACAGUCUGUUGCCAAACAAUAAGGUAAAAUCCAAGCCAACGGCUCCACCUGGAAUCUUCAAAAAGCGAUCCAUGGCGCUUGGGAAUGGCUGGAAUGCCAAGGGACUCACUAAAGCAAAGCAAGGACGAUGGGAAGCUGCCUUGGCUUGCUGGGACAAUGCACUCGAGAUUCGUUUGCAGAUUAGUGAUGCUUCGUGCCGUAAGGAUCAACUCGAAGUGGCCAACACUUGGAACAAUCGGGGGAUUGCUCUAGGCAAAUUGGGGCAAUAUCACAAUGCGAUUCAAGCCUUGGGAGAAGCCUAUCAGAUUCGCAAGACUUUAUUAGAUCAGGGACAUCCUCAAGUGGUGUCGACACUCCACAACAUUGCCAAUGUUCACCAACAACAGGGAGACUUGACUACCGCACUGCAAGUCUUUGGAACGGCCAAGAGUUUGCUCGUCCAAUCCUUGGUGGCGUCUUCGCCUACAAAUGGAAAUACCAAUACCGACCCCAUGCUGUUGGCAAGGAUCUGUACAGCCAUUGGUCACAUUUACUACCAAGCCCAACAAUGGAUUGAUUCAAGAGAUGCGUAUCAAGAUGCCUUGAAUGUCCUCUUGAAGUUUGACUCUUCAUCAUCAGCCUCCACGGACCAACAACGCGAGAUUUACGAACUGCAACGAGACAUUCAAGAAUUGAAUGGAAAGAUUCCAAUCACCUUUGCCAAUCACGGAAUGGGUAGUAUGGCCACCAUGGGUGGUGGUGGUGGUGUUGGAUCAUCGUUCUAUCAUGGACACCACGGACAUUGCACUUCUACCCAGCAGUCUCCUCAGCCACAACAACAUUAA